GCCACAUCGGGAGUUACCGGACACAACCACCGCCGCCGCCGCCGCCGUCUCGCGACCAAACGACCCCCAUGGCGGCCGCCGCCUCCUCCCUGCUUGCCGCCGCUGCAUCCUCCAGUUCCCGAGCAGCCAUCUCCGUCCGCCGCCCCCGCGCAGCUUCUGCCGCGGCCGCGGCCGCCGCCUCCAUCCCCUCCUCCUCUCGCACAUCCUUCACCCCGCUCCGCGCCUCCCCCGCGAGGGCCCUCCGGAGCCGCGUCGUCGCCAGCGCCGCUCCCGCGAUGGAGCCGCCGGCGGUGUCCAGGGUCUCCACGGUGGUCGACGUCGACCUCGGCGACCGGAGCUACCCGAUCUACAUCGGCCCCGGCCUCCUCGACGAGCCCGACCUGCUGCAGAGGCAUGUGAUCGGGAAGAGGGUUCUCGUGGUGACCAACACCACCGUCGCGCCGCUCUACUUGGAGAAGGUGACCUGGGCGCUCACGCACCAAAACCCUAAUGUGUCGGUCGAGAGCGUGAUCCUGCCCGACGGCGAGAAGUACAAGGACAUGGACACGCUGAUGAAGGUUUUCGACAAGGCGGUGGAGUCCCGGCUGGACCGGAGAUGCACAUUCGUUGCGCUAGGUGGCGGCGUCAUUGGGGACAUGUGUGGGUUUGCGGCUGCUGCAUUCCUCCGUGGUGUCAAUUUCAUACAAAUACCCACAACUCUGAUGGCCCAGGUGGAUUCUUCUGUUGGAGGGAAGACUGGGAUUAACCAUCCACUGGGAAAGAACUUAAUUGGCGCAUUCUACCAGCCGCAGUGUGUACUCAUUGACACAGAGACAUUGAAUACAUUGCCUGACAGAGAGCUGGCUUCAGGUGUCGCUGAGGUGGUGAAGUAUGGUCUCAUAAGAGAUGCACCCUUCUUUGAGUGGCAAGAGAAGAAUAUGGCAGCAAUAUUAGCGAGAGAACCAAGUGCCCUGACCUACGCUAUAAAGAGAUCAUGUGAAAACAAAGCUGAAGUUGUUGCUCAGGAUGAGAAGGAAAGUGGUCUUCGAGCAACACUAAACCUGGGUCAUACAUUUGGUCAUGCUAUAGAAACAGGGCUUGGCUAUGGAGAAUGGCUCCAUGGGGAAGCCGUUGCUGCUGGAACGGUUAUGGCAGCUGACAUGUCUUACCGCCUGGGGUGGAUAGACGAGUCCAUCAAGAAACGGACAUUUGACAUACUAGAUCAAGCCAAGCUUCCCGUGACACCACCAAAGGGCAUGACGGUGGAGAAGUUCAAAAACAUCAUGGCUGUCGACAAGAAGGUCGCGGACGGAUUGCUGAGGCUCAUCCUUCUGAAAGGACCUCUGGGAGGCUGCGUUUUCACCGGUGAGUACGACAGGAAAGCACUGGACGAAACCCUCCGUGCGUUCUGCGACAACUGAUCGUUGUCAAGCUGGAGAUCCAGCACUUCUGUAUACUAGUAGGCUGUAAUAUCAUACCAGACAGAGAGAGUGAGAGUGCAUUGUGUGCUACCUUUAUUUUUUCAUUUCGUUUUGGCGAGAAUAAUGGAAUGCGGUAAGGGGUUGGUUCCAGGUCGUGGUAUUAGAAAUUCAUUGUAGGGCAUCAUGCCUCAGUAAUUGUGAAUUGUGAUCACUCAUUUUGAAUAACAGAAUUCAUUCCACUUCA